AUGUCGCUCGCUUGGCUUCGGAAUCACGCGCGCAACCGCCAUCGCGGUAUAACCAGGACCCGCUCCAAUAGUCAGCGCCUUGUAGCAACAAUGCAAGCACACCGCCAAUUCGCCAGUACUAAUGAGGCCCAUGCCUUUCGAGUCACCUAUGACAGCUCCUUUGUCGUUGACAGCAGUGUCACGUCCCGAGAUGCUAACUGGAUUAGCGACGAGCAAUACAAGCGCCAAUACUUCCGUCUCGGGUGGAAAGUGACCCCGAUACGCAAGGAUGGCAACUGCCUCUUUCGAGCUUUAAGUGACCAGCUCUACGGACACGAACGACGCCACUUAGAGCUGCGUCGACGUCUGGUGGACUUUAUUGACCUGGAACGCGCCUUCUUCGAACCGCUUCUGGGUGGACAAGGGGGAAUCAUUGAGUACUGCUCGCGACUUCGUGAAGCAGGUGCGUCGGGAGGCCAAUCGGAGCUUCUCGCUGCAUCGAGACUGCUGGGUGUCAACAUUAUAGUACACACGGGACCUGUCAAACGACUGCACUUCGACACUGACAAGUACGCAAGGACUAAGGAAGGCAAGGGCAAGACGAUCAACCUGCUGCUCCAGCACGAGCAUUACAGCAGUCUUCGCAAGAGUGCGAAACCUCUUCACCAGCAGCAUGGAUGUUCCGAUACGUGCUUGUGCAAGCGACUUGUGACUCCGUCCAGAGCUUCACUUGACUCCCGUGCAUCUCGUGAUGCUCAUCCGUCAGAUUUAUGGUCAGGUCAGCGUAAUUCAGACUUGGACACACGCAGCUCUCUUGUUGACAUCGGAUCAGAGAAGCGUAGACGAGCUCCGAUGGCGAAAGGUGCCUAUGGACGCAAGCCUGUGCCGGACGCAGACACGAAAAGUGGCAAGGAUAGUUCAGUUCGCAAGAAAUUACAAAAGACCCCGGUCAAGCCACAGUCCCGACCACCUCCUCCACCAGAAAAGCCAAAAGCUUUGCCACCGGCGCCUCCAUCUCAUUAUGUGCCAGCCAAGCCAAAGACUCCAGCUCCUGCACCACCUACCAAGCCCAUGCCUCUCGUGCAUGCAGCAAUUAAUAAACCGAAGACUGUGGCGCCAUCGGCCAAGGUACCAUCAACUAGGUCACAGCCUUCAAUCCGUGUGCAAUACAAGGCAGCACCGCCUCGUACGAAACUGCCUGCAGUGAGAUCCAAAGGCCCUGGCGUGGUGCUCUUCCAGCCGGAGUCGUUGAAGCCUGUGAAGCCGAGGGCUCCGCUAGCGGUGCUGUUUGACCCUGAGCAGACUCCUGCAUCUAGACCUACAUCCACUCCGGUGUUCAAGAAGGCAACGGUGAACACGAGAACGCCUGUAAAGCCUAGGUCGGCUGUGGAAGAACCUGAGAAUCACGUGGAAGUGCCUCAGUAUGGUAUCCUUCUGCCGCGCCGUGCUGUCUUCAACGGCGGCAUCCGUCGUCGAUCUAGCGCAGCUGCGCUAUCCUUGUUGCAGGAGGUCUCGACAGGUUUAAACACCACUGAUCGUGAGGCAAUGAGCGCCAAAGUCAAGCCGGUGGUAACUGUUGCCAAGGCCGUUAUUACGAUCGAGCCGGCGGCGGCUACAAUCGAAACUGUGAAUCCAGCCAAGCCAAAUCCGCCAGCGCCACGCUCCAUGGAGGUUAAGAAAUCUAGCAAGAAAGUUUUUUGCCAGGGUCGCCCCGUGACAGUGCGCUGA